ACCUUGAUCGGUAGAGACUAGAGAGAGCGCUCUCCUCUCGCCUAUCCAUUUCCAAUCUCGAUCGGGGAGAGCUCGCGCCGCCAUUGCCGCCGCCGCGCCUGGCUGUUCUUGAUCAGCAGCGAAUGGGGAGGCAGCCGUGCUGCGACAAGGUGGGGCUGAAGAAGGGCCCGUGGACGGCGGAGGAGGACCAGAAGCUCGUCAGCUUCAUCCUCGGCAACGGCCAGUGCUGCUGGCGCGCCGUGCCCAAGCUCGCCGGGCUGCUCCGGUGCGGGAAGAGCUGCCGGCUGCGGUGGACGAACUACCUGCGGCCGGACCUCAAGAGGGGCCUGCUCUCCGGCGCCGAGGAGAAGCUCGUCGUCGACCUGCACGCCCAGCUCGGCAACAGGUGGUCAAAGAUUGCGUCGCACUUGCCGGGGCGGACGGACAACGAGAUCAAGAACCACUGGAACACCCACAUCAAGAAGAAGCUCAGGAAGAUGGGGAUCGACCCCCUCACGCACAAGCCCCUGCCGCCGCCGCAGCAGCAGCAGGAGCACCAACCGCUUCCACCGCCCGCCGGCGGCUCGCCGGAGGCGCAGCCAUCGCCACCUCCGGAGCGGAGUCCUCCAGAGGAGAGGGCGGUGCCGGCGACGGCGACGGCCGGAAAUAGUAGCGAGGACGGCGACAGCGAGCUGCUCCUCAGCAAGUCGCCCGGCUUCUGCACCGACGAGGUGCCGAUGAUGCACCCGGACGAGAUCAUGGUGCCGCUGGGCGACCAGCCGCCGCCAUUACCAGCCUCGGCUUGCGCCCCCGCCGCCGCCACGGUCUCGACGCCGACGACGUCCUACUCCACCUCCACCUCGGCGUCGUCGUCCUGGUCCUGCUCCCUGAGCCGCGACGUGGAGUCGCCGUUCGCGUUCAUGGACAUGGAGUUGCCGGAGUUCGUGCUCCAGAUGGGGCUAGACGACGUGGACGCGCGGUGGCGCGACUGCCUGCUGCCGCCGCCGGUCUUCGAGAACCCCUUCGAUUCUUACUAGCUCCAGAGGAAUGGCGCUCUCUUCUCUAGUUAUUAAUUAGUCACUUAACCCCAUCUAAUAAAUUAAAUUUGCAGUUUCUCACUGCACUGAACAAACAAUUAAGCAGGAAGGUAUUUCUGUUAAUUGGCACUGGUUUUCUAUUAUUUUCUUGGUCCAUAUACACAAAACUUGCUACGAAUAGUAACUAGUAAUCAAGGAAGUUUUAUUUCGAAUAUGUAGACAGAAAAUUUGGUGUUAGCUAGAGCAAUAAGAAUCAGUACUAUGUAAGUAUCAUUAAUUUCAAAAAAAAUGCUACCUUUUAGUUUUUUCUUCCUUUUUCUCUUGUGAAUGUAAAAGAAUGUCAAUGUUAACUGAGGAGUUUAACUUUGAAUAAGAAAGAACUACUGUAUGAUUUGGAAGAGAGUGAGA